AUGGAGCAGCAGGCAUAUCCCGAUCGCGCGCUGGCCCCCGAGGUCAUUGCCGAGCGCCUUCAGGAGAUAGAGCAAGCCAUUGGCUACAAAUGGGAGGGCCGGCCCCUUCGUAUUGUUGGCAUAGGUGCCGGUGCCUGGGGUGCCGUUGUCGUGGCCAUGCUACAGCAAAUGUACGGCAGUCAGUCCGACAAGGUGGACAUUCGCAUUUGGCGGCGCGGCGGACGCAUUGUUCCCAAGGAAACCAUCGCCAGCCUCUUGACCGUCAUCAACCAGCACGAAGACGUUCUACGCCGCCUGCGCAACAACAGCGUGUACCUGAAAUACAUUUCCGGUCGCCUCGGUGACCGCGAGCUCACAGCGGAUGAGAUCCUACAGGACGGUCUGUGUCUCAACCUGCCCAAAAGUCCGCUCUGCCCUCUUCGUGUCAUCACCAAUCUGGAAGAGGCCGUCUACGAUGCCGACAUUGUCAUCAACGGCCUCCCCUCCACCGAAACUCGCUCCGUCUUUCAAAAGAUUGGCGACAUCUGGUCCGCCUCCCGCGACCCUAGCCGCCCGCCCGUCAUCAUCUCCCUGUCCAAAGGCGUGGAAACGCGCAUGGAGCCCCACCCUCACGUCGUCACCCCCACCCGCAUCAUUCACGAAGUCACCGGUGUUGGGCUUGAUCGCCUCAUGUAUCUAGGUGGGCCAAACAUUGCGGCCGAGGUCUGGCGAGGCGAGUUUGCCAAUGCACGGUUAUGUGGAGCCAACAAGCCGCUUCGCAAGGCCAUGGCUGAGUUUCUGCGCAACUCCAACUUUGUCUGCUGGAACAAUGCGGAUGUCAUUACCCACGAAGUCCUGGGCGGCCUCAAAAACGUCUACUCGCUCGGCAUGGGUAUCAUCACUGCCGCCACCAACGACUCGGCCACCUCCAAAGCCGUCUACUUUAGCAAUGCCGCGGCUGAGAUGGUCUUUAUCACCCGCCUCCUCUCUGAGCGCCCUGAAGAUCUGCAUGGGCCCCUACUCGCUGAUACCUACGUCACCUUCCUCAAAGGCCGCAACGCUUGGUACGGCGAACAGUUGGGACGGGGCCGGCUGCACCCGCGCGACGGAGACGUUGUGCCCGGCAAAGGUCUGAUUCAGGGCGUGUCUGCCACGCACGCCUUCUUUGAACUUCUCUCUGAUGACCGGGUCAAGAUUUACGAUCACGUCACCCACAACGAGGUGUCGCCCAUCACGGCUCUACCAACCAUGCGCAUGAUCCGCAAGAUGCUGCUGACAGAAGAGCAGGAUAUGAAGGAUACGUCCAACACGGAUCCAGCCAAGCGCUUGCGCACGACCGAGCUCUACUGCCCCUUUUUGACUCGCUUGCCGGGCGAGCUGGUGGACAAUGACGAAGACGAUGAUGAGAACAACUUUUCCCUGGUGACACCUCGUCCCGCCGAGGGCGCCGCGCAAACUUUCAACCUCGACGCCGUACCUGGACCCCCCACGCCCCACGCCAAGGUCGUGCCACCGGUGGCUCCUGCCGAAGCUCCCCCGGCCGCAAACACUAGCCUCAACUCUUCCCGCCGCUCAAGCUCGAGCGCAGCCCUAUCAUCGCGCUCACCCGGCGUCCGCAAAGGCAAUUUUGACAGCGGAACGACAGUGUAG